CGCAGUAGCCGCGGUAGCUCGUGUGCUCCUAACCCAGUCUGGUGUCCCGCUGUAGUCGCUAACUCGCUGGGUCACCUGGCGCUGCUAGCUGCUAGCUGCUAGCCUAAACCUGUUAGCGGACAUCUGUUAGCCGGCUUCGCUUAUUUUAAGAUGGCUCACACUGGGACACGGGAAGGCGCACACAUGGAGGACAGCUCCGACACGCAGGGCUCUGGUGUCUGCCUGCGGAGUCGCCCCGGCUCCAGCGAGAGAGACGGCCAGGUACGGGCUGUCAAAGCCGCCCUUCAGUCCCGGCUGGGGCCCUACGAGCCGGUGCUGACCCGCCUGCAGUCCGUGCUGGUGUGGGAGAGACCUCUGCAGUGUGUGCUCCUCUACACCGCGGCCAACGUUGUGUUCUGGUUCUUCGCCUUGACCUCACUGCGCCUCCUGUUCCUGCUGGCUUUUGGUCUGGCUGUGUUUAUCAGUGUUGAUACCUGGAGAAACAAGAUCUGGCCAGAAAUGAGAGUCCAAAAGGUGGAGGAAUCAGAAAAUGAGAGCUGGGGACUGGUGCAGCCUGGCAUCAUCAGUGUGCCUGAAUUGUGCCACCAUAUUGCUGAGGCCUGGGUCAGCGGAACAGUUCUCAAGUCCAAUGUGGUUCAGUACAAACGACACAACCCUGGCAAGUUUUGCAUCCUGACCUGUGGAGUGUUCACCUGUCUGGCUGUGGUUGGCCGCUACAUUCCUGGCUUGGUGCUUUCCUACUCUGCCUUGUUAGCUACUCUCCUGGCCCCUCUGGCAGCCUAUCACAGGGUCUUUCAGCAUGUGUGGGUGAAGCUGGAGCCAGUCCUGCAGCGGCUGGAUUUCAGCGGCACUGGAUACAUGAUGUCAAAGCCUAUUGAUAAUCAGUUUCUGCGGAGGCCGAUCCGUGGUUCAGGUGAACUCAGCGACAGUGAAGAGGAGUUGGCUGCUUUCUGCCCAUCAUUUGAUGAUGCUGUUGUUGCAAAGGAGCUUGCGCUGACAGACUCUGAGCACUCUGACGCUGAGAUGUCCUACACCGAGAAUGGAACAUUUAAUCUAUCACGUGGUCAGACCCCACUCACAGAGGGCUCUGAGGACUUUGACAGACACAGUGAUGCUGAGGGAUCCUUUGCAGCAGACCUCCAGGACUUCCCCUCCAUAAACCCCGAUGCCACUCUGAUGGAUGACGACGACGACACAAGCAUCGGGUUACCUAGCCUGGCUCUUUCCGGGCUAGCUAGCCAUCGGGCUUCAGUGCUCGAUGCUCAUCUGGACUCGGACCAGGAGGAUCUGGAUGAAGAGCUUUCUCUCAGCGGCCUGCCACCUGCCUCUGAUUUUACUGGAGACUUGGCAGGAAUCAUCGCCAGCAACAUGAUCCAGGCGGCGUUGGCCGGGGCACUGCAGCCCCGGCCUCAUGCUGCCCAGCGCAGAGAAGGCCCUCCAAAGGCCAGAGCCCAGCGGAGCUACCGCAAGCAGUCCAGCUCCGAGCUGGACACAGACAUGGACGGAGAGGACUUUGAAAUGCUGGAUCAGUCUGAACUGAACCAGAUGGAUCCCACUGGUGGAGCAGGGGGUAGUAGACGGGGAGAGAGCCAGGGGUCUAACUUCUUAUCUAGCCUGCUGGGUAAACCACAGUAGUUUGCGAAUGUACGUAUAUAUGUGUGUGUGUGCGUGUGUGUGUGCGUGUGU